GCCGCCGGGAGCCACUUUCCCGCCCCUCCUCUCGCUGCCGACUAGCUCAAAGGAGUCACCACUGCGCGCGCUGCAGGAGAGAGUGGCAGACCGAGGCGGCCCCGGGCUGCAAGCGGAGGGGUGCUCGCAAGGCGACGGCUGCAGUGCAGAGCGGUGGUUCAGGGCAGGGGGUCCCCGGCGCCUGGAACGCUCCAUUCUGGACCGCGAGUGGAUGAUGCUGUUGCAGCUGAGCUGCUGAACAUUCUCCGUGGACUCUUCCCUGCCACACCUUGCCCAUCUGCUGAGAUAAAAUGGAAGACUCCUACAAGGAUAGGACUUCACUGAUGAAGGGCGCCAAGGACAUUGCCAAAGAGGUGAAGAAGCAGACGGUGAAGAAGGUGAACCAGGCAGUGGACCGGGCCCAGGAUGAAUACACCCAGCGGUCCUACAGUCGGUUCCAGGAUGAAGAGGACGAUGAUGACUACUACCCACCUGGCGAAACCUACAGUGGGGAGGCCAAUGAUGACGAAGGCUCAAGUGAGGCCACUGAGGGUCACGACGAGGAGGAUGAGAUCUAUGAAGGGGAGUACCAGGGCAUCCCCAGCACGAACCAGGGGAAGGACAGCAUCGUGUCCGUAGGACAGCCCAAAGGCGAUGAGUACAAGGACCGCAGAGAGCUAGAGUCAGAGAGGAGGGCUGAUGAGGAAGAGCUCGCCCAGCAGUAUGAGCUGAUAAUCCAAGAGUGUGGCCACGGCCGUUUCCAGUGGGCCCUUUUCUUCGUCCUGGGCAUGGCUCUCAUGGCAGAUGGCGUGGAGGUGUUUGUAGUGGGCUUCGUGUUACCCAGUGCAGAGACAGACCUAUGCAUACCAAAUUCAGGAUCCGGAUGGCUAGGCAGCAUAGUGUACCUCGGGAUGAUGGUGGGGGCGUUCUUCUGGGGAGGACUGGCAGACAAAGUAGGAAGGAAGCAGUCUCUUCUGAUUUGCAUGUCUGUCAACGGAUUCUUUGCCUUCCUCUCCUCAUUUGUCCAAGGUUACGGCUUCUUUCUCGUCUGUCGGUUGCUUUCUGGAUUCGGGAUUGGAGGCGCCAUUCCCACUGUGUUCUCCUACUUCGCUGAAGUCCUGGCCCGGGAGAAGCGGGGUGAGCACCUCAGUUGGCUCUGCAUGUUCUGGAUGAUUGGCGGCAUCUACGCCUCCGCCAUGGCCUGGGCCAUCAUUCCCCACUACGGGUGGAGCUUCAGCAUGGGUUCAGCCUACCAGUUCCACAGCUGGCGCGUCUUCGUCAUCGUCUGUGCGCUCCCGUGCGUCUCCUCUGUGGUGGCUCUCACCUUCAUGCCAGAAAGCCCUCGUUUCUUGCUGGAGGUGGGAAAACAUGAUGAAGCCUGGAUGAUUCUGAAGUUAAUUCAUGACACCAACAUGAGAGCCCGGGGCCAGCCAGAGAAGGUCUUCACGGUAAAUAAAAUCAAGACUCCCAAACAAAUAGAUGAGCUGAUUGAAAUUGAGAGCGACACGGGAACCUGGUACAGGAGGUGUUUCGUUCGGAUCCGCACCGAACUGUACGGAAUUUGGCUGACAUUCAUGAGAUGCUUCAACUACCCAGUCAGGGAAAACACCAUCAAGCUUACGAUUGUCUGGUUCACCCUGUCCUUCGGGUACUAUGGGUUGUCCGUUUGGUUCCCUGAUGUCAUUAAACAUCUCCAGUCUGACGAGUAUGCACUGCUAACAAGGAAUGUGCAAAAGGAUAAAUAUGCAAACUUCAGCAUUAACUUUACCAUGGAGAACCAGAUCCACACUGGAAUGGAAUACGAGAACGGCAGAUUCCUCGGAGUCAAGUUCAAAUCAGUAACCUUCAAAGAUUCAGUGUUUAAGUCCUGCACCUUCGACGACGUGACCUCAGUCAACACCUACUUCAAGAACUGCACGUUUAUUGAUACCCUUUUUGAUAACACAGAUUUUGAGCCCUAUAAAUUCAUAGACAGUGAAUUUCAGAACUGUUCAUUUCUUCACAACAAGACGGGGUGCCAGAUCACUUUUGAUGAUGACUAUAGUGCCUACUGGAUUUAUUUUGUCAACUUUCUUGGGACAUUGGCAGUGUUGCCAGGAAAUAUCGUGUCUGCUCUCCUGAUGGACAGGAUCGGGCGUUUAACAAUGCUAGGAGGCUCCAUGGUGCUCUCCGGGAUCAGUUGCUUCUUCCUGUGGUUUGGCACCAGCGAAUCCAUGAUGAUAGGCAUGCUGUGCUUGUAUAAUGGGCUGACCAUCUCAGCGUGGAAUUCUCUCGAUGUCGUCACGGUGGAACUGUACCCCACAGACCGGAGAGCAACGGGCUUCGGCUUCUUGAACGCCCUCUGUAAAGCAGCGGCCGUCCUGGGAAACUUAAUCUUCGGCUCCUUGGUCAGCAUCACCAAAGCAAUUCCCAUCCUGCUGGCUUCCACUGUGCUCGUGUGUGGAGGACUCGUGGGGCUGCGCCUGCCUGACACACGAACCCAGGUUCUGAUGUGACGUGACAAAAGCCAUUCCCUUCUCCCACCGUGGGUCGGUCGUAUUGCCUGACUCAAAGCUUCAGAGUUUUUAUGUAUAGAAAGGUGGCCAAGUAUCAGAACACAAACUUUUGCUGUGAUGUAAUGUGUAGCUGCGUAUUGUCUUACCCCU